UGUAACGUCAUUUAGGGCAGGAAAAUGGCGGCGUUUACCGGGGAGCGAUGGAGAAACGAGCUACCAAGUCAUGAUCUUUUCAACAAAUUACGAGAGAAACUUGAUUUGCAACCUAAUUUGAAUUGUAGGAGAACUGCAAAGAAUCUUACAUUUUGUCUUAAUGGUGACAUAUUCGUGUGGAAUGAUGCAGACAGUGUUUUCUACACUACCAAUCUAAGACAACUCGAUUCAGAGGACAACUUGGAGACAGUGAAAUAUCAGACUCUGCUGUGCAUCAAUCCACCACGGUUUGAAGUAUGCCAGGUGUUGCUGAGCCCAACACAGUACCAUGUCGCACUCAUUGGACAACGGGGAGCAACCGUUCUAGAAUUACCACAGCGGUGGGGGAAGAGGUCGGAGUUUGAAGGUGGGCGGAGCAAAGUUAACUGCAAGACUGUUCCUGUGGCUGAGCGUUUCUUCACCAGCUCUGCCUCAGUGACCCUUCGACAGGCAGCCUGGUUUCCUAGUGAGACGGAAGAGCCACACUUAGUGCUGCUAACCUCUGAUAACACUAUCAGGUUCUACAGUUUGAACGAGCCUCAGAAUCCAUCUAAAGCCCUGUCAGUGUCGCAGUCAGAGGAGGACAGCAGUGUACACACACGAGGGCGCUCCUAUGCAGCCUCCCUGGGGGAGAUCGCUGUGGCAUUUGACUUCGGCCCGGUGUCCAGCGACCCUCGGCAGCACACGAGCCGGCGCUCCAAGGAGGACGUGCUAGUGUACCCCCUCUACGUUCUCUAUGAAAACGGAGAGACCUAUCUCAGCUACACUAGCCUUGCACACAGUUCGGGGAGCUUCAGUAAGCCCAUUGGGCCCUUGCCCAUGUACCCAGCGGCCGAGGACAACUACGGUUAUGAUGCCUGUGCCGUGCUCUGUCUGCCCUGUGUGCCCAACAUCCUGGUCAUCGCCACAGAAACGGGCACACUGUACCACUGUGUGGUGCUGGAAGCAGAGGAAGAGGAGGAGACUGGAGCGGUGGAGAGGUGGAUGCGUAGCUCGGAGGCGGUGCCUUCUCUCUAUGUGUUUGAGUGUGUGGAGCUGGAACUCACCCUCAAACUGCCUGCUGUGGAGGAGGAGGAGCCAGUGGACUCUGACUUCACCUGCCCAAUCAGACUGCACAGAGACCCCCUGUGCCAGUACAGAUAUCACUGUACCCACGAGGCAGGAGUACACAGUGUAGGCCUCACUUGGUUCAACAAACUGCAUGCAUUCCUGCAGUCGGAUGAGGAGGACAAGGACAGUCUCCAGGAACUGGCGGCCGAGCACCGCUGUAUAAUAGAACACAUCCUUUGUACCAGGCCCCUCAGUAGCAGUUUGUCAGCUCCAGUACAGGGCUUCUGGAUUGUUUCCGACCUGUCUUUGGGCGCCACCAUGAUCUGCAUUACUAGCACAUAUGAGUGCCUACUACUGCCCCUCCUGAGUUCCAUCCGGCCCCUGUCUCCUCCUCUGCUGUGUUCCCACCCAGGACUGGGCUCAGCCAGCUCCCCUCUACGUGGAUUACAUGACGACUCCUUUGAGCACAUCCGCAGCAUCCUGGCCCGAAGCUCCACCAACCCCCUGAUGCUGAGGGCAGGGGACAAAGACACAUCGUCCCCUCCUCCAGAGUGUCUCCAGCUGCUGAGCAGGGCCACCCAGGUGUUCAGAGAGGAGUACAUCCUAAAACAGGACAUGGCCCGUGAAGAGAUGCAGAGGAGGGUGAAACUGCUGACAGGACAGAAGAACAAGCAGCUGGAGGACCUGGCCCUGUGCAGAGAGGAGAGAAAAGGCCUGCGAGAGUCUGCAGAACGUCUAGCUGAUAAGUAUGAGGAUGCCAAAUAUCGCCAUGAGAUCACCAUGAACAGGGUGAAGCAGGUUCUGGGAAGUCUGCGCAGUCAGCUGCCUAUUCUGUCUGACAGUGAGAAGGACAUGAAAAAAGAGCUGCAGACCAUCAAUGACCAGCUGCGUCACCUGGACAACGGCAUCAAACAGGUGAAUAUGAAGAAGGAGUACCAGAAGAAACAGAUGAAUAAAGGGGUGUCUCCAGCCAAGGCUACUGUGACCCUCAACGCCCAUCAAAGGAAGUGUGUCCAGGGAGUGAUAAAGGAACAGGGAGAGCAGAUAGGAGACAUGAUGAAACAGAUCAAGGACAUCAAGAACCAUUUCAGUUUCUGAGAUCACUGCUUUGCAGAACAAACAAUAACUAAGAACUAUUGUAAAUAAACUGCGUAAACGCUUGCUAUAUUAGUCCGUCUCAAGGAAUGUCCACUCUGUGAUUAAUAAGGUCAGUCAGUGUGUCAGUCAUCAAAUGUCACAUUUCGGCACCUAGUAGUUAAAAUGGGAAAAUUUUACGUAUGGGAGUCUAACAAAGGUUUUGUACAUUUUUUCUAUUUGGAGAAUAAAAGCAAUGCAUAUACAGUA